AUGCCUUCCAUCGUAGAAGACUCUCAGGUUGCCUCAUCUCUAGCAGAUGGAAAACUAAGAUCAGAUUAAACACUUCCAUUGGUAGUUACGAGCUUAUAGUAGCUCAAAGUUCAGUGGCCAUUUGAGGUUGAGAUGGUAUGCCAUGGCCAACCUAACACCUUCCCAAGUCGACGAGAGCUGGAGAUCAAAACCCUGUCCGCUAACUUCUUCCUUAUGACAAAGGAAUCAAUCUUUCCUCUGCGAGCAUUGACUCAGAUUUGUCCUAUCUCAUCUGGGUCUCUGCCCAAAAGCCAUUUGUUGUUGCCGGUUGCUUGACUAUGCAAUAUCAACGAGCCUAGGCGGUCACUUACAUCAGAGACUCAUUCACCAAAGUCAUCUCAUUCAGUUGAAGAUUUCGAUCGUUGAUUCAUUUUCUUCGAGGUCGCCAAAUGGACCUGACGUAGUUCAGAC